AACCCAAACAAACAAACAAACAAAACACCAUUAUAAAGGAUCAAACCUUUUUAUCCAUUCUUUUCAAUGAUUCAGAGAUCAAACGGGUCAGGUCGCCGGAUUCUGACGUACCCGGCGGUUCAUCCGUGCGAAGUCAUAUCUCCGCAGACACUCCUGGCGUCACUCAUCACUCUCACCUGCAACAUUUGCUCUUUCAAGUCGAAAGUCAUCGCCAGCAACGCCCGAAACGCCCGAGAAAUCAUCCGACAAAUCGGUGUCGUCCGGGUUUUUCUCGAAGCGGUUCGAGAUGAAUCGUCGGGUCUUCCGACCUCCGCAGUUCUGAGCUUGUCGGAGCUCCACUUGGCCUUCCAGAAAGUUCAGUUCUUGCUGGAAGACUUGGCCCGGGAUGACGCUAGGGUAUGGAUGCUGAUGAAGUCGGGUCACGUGGCGAGUCAGUUUAGGAUCUUGAGUCGGGCCAUGGGCACGGCUCUCGAUGUUCUGCCUCUCGCGUCGGUCGACGCCUCCGUUGAGGUCAAGGAGCACGUGGAAUUGGUGGCCAGGCAAGCGCGAAAGACGGGGUAUGAAGUCGACCCGGAUGAUAUUCGUGUCGUGGAGGCGGUGAGGUCCGUUUUGGCCGGGUUAGAGAAAGGAGUUGCUCCGGACAAGGGGGAUUUGAAAUGGGUUCUCGAGUUCCUCGGGAUUAGGAAAUGGAGCAGGUGUGACAAGCAAGUCAAGUUCUUGGAUUCGGAAAUUGGGUUCGAGAAUUUGAGCCAGGAGAAGAGAGAGGUGGGAUUGUUGUGCAGCCUGAAGGGUUUGCUUUGCUACUGUCGAUGUGUGUUGUUCGAUGUUGUGGAUGGUGAACCGGGUCGAAGAUCCGAGACCAAAUGCAGCGGCGCCGGCGUGGCGGUGGAUUGCCUCAAUUCGGAAGAUUUCCGGUGCCCGAUAUCGCUCGAAAUCAUGGCUGAUCCGGUCACGAUAGCAACAGGGCAGAGCUACGAUCGGUCUUCGAUUGAAAAAUGGUUCAGAGCUGGCAAUCCCAUUUGUCCCAAGACGGGGGAGAAGCUCAAGAACACGGAGGUGGUGCCGAAUUUGGCGCUAAAGCGAUUGAUCCAGCAGUAUUGUUGCGAAAAUGGUGUUGCAUUUGCUGAUUCGGGUCACCGAAAUCACGACAGUGGGAGGACUAGGCUUGCAGUUGCUGGGAGUUUGGCAGCUGAGGGAGCCAUGAAAAUGGUGGCUGAGUUUCUUAAUGGAUGGCUUGAGGUUGGGACAGUAGAAGAGCAGAACAAGGCCGCUUAUGAAAUCCGGCUUCUUUCGAAAUCAAGCAUUUUUAACAGGUCUUGUUUGUUGGAAGCCGGUGUGGUUCCACAUUUGUUGAAACUGUUAUGUUCAGCAGAUUCAGGGAUUCAAGAAAAUGCCAUCGCCUCCUUGUUGAAUCUUUCGAAGUAUACGAAAAGCAAGGCUGUGAUUGUCGAAAAUCGUGGUCUGGAUUUGAUUGUAGGUGUGGUGAAGGAAGGUCUCAGAUUAGAGGCUCGUCAGCAUGCUGCUGGCACAUUGUUUUACCUCUCUUCGGUGGAGGAGUACAGGAGAUUGAUUGGAGAAAAUGCAGAUGCCAUACCGGCAUUGAUGGAGUUGAUCAAGGAUGGAACUGAUAGGGCCAAGAAAAACGCAUUGGUUGCGAUUUUCGGGCUCAUUAAUCACCCUGAAAAUCAUAGGAGGGUGAUAGUAGCAGGGGUAGUUCCUCUGCUUGUUAAUGUCUUAACAGAUAGUGAAGCUCUCGUCACAGAUGCUCUGGCAAUUCUUUCAACUCUCGCAGAGAAACGUGAUGGAUCAGUUGCAAUUUCGCGUUGCAAAGCUUUGGAUACGAUCGUGGGGAUCCUGAAUUCCUCCAUUCCUAGGGCAGGGAAGGAGUUCUGCGUGUCUUUGUUGCUUGCUCUUUGCGUAAAUGGCAGCGGAGAUGUGGUUGCUCUAGCAAAGAGCCCUUCACUUAUGGGACCUUUGUAUUCUCAACUCAACGAAGGCACGUCUCGAGCAAGCAAAAAGGCCAGUGCUCUCAUCAGGGUCCUGCAUGAGUUCCAUGAAAGAAGGUCAUCCGGCUCAAUCUCUCCAGUUCCACAAGAGCGAUUCGUUCACGUUAGGUAAACCCCGAAUAUUUGUGGGGAUACUUACAUUGCUUAAUUCUUUUGAGGCCCUCCUGUAAAUUCAGGGUCCUGUGAAGAUAUGGUGUUGUUUUAGUUUGAUUUUUAGUCUGGUUUGGUUUCGUUAUUGGCUCGGUUUUUUUUAAGAGCUAACGACUAUAUCAGUAUAUAUGAUCAGCUUCUCCAAUGAAGCUUUGUACAAAAUCAUUGUUGUAUUGCUCUGUAUUGCAAAAUUCUUUUUCCAUACAAAAUCAGUAAUAAAUCAUUCACUAUUGUUUCAA